CCUGUACCUGUAUGUAAACAAUACAGAUCUCUCCCCUGUGAGCUCCUGCACACUGCGUUGUAUGGCUCUGCAUUGCAGAGCCAUACAAAGCAGUGUGCUUACAGUCAUGGAAAGCACACACACAGCCAACAUAGUGAAACAGCACACAGGUAACCCUUUGGUCACCCCAGAUGUUAACCCCCUCCUGUCCAGUGCCAUUAGUACAGUGUCAGUGCUUUUUAUUAGCACUGAUCACUGUAUUGGUGUCACUGGGGAUGUCAGUGACACCAGGUCAGUUCCGCCCAGUGUUAGAAGCCCACCGCACUCCCGCUAU